ACCAGUCAACGCAGCGGCUAAAAAUCCUAAACAGGCUAAACUCCAGAAAAACAAGCGCACAAAUGACAAAGAGUCCGAAGAGUUUUAAAAUCUGAUGAUUGAUCUGUUCUUUUGAUGUGACGAGUCUUAUUAUAAACUCCGAAAUGCUGGAUCACCAUUAAUUCAGUAACUCUGCACACGUGAUUAGUGAUUGGUAUUCCACGCUCUUGGCAGUCACAUCGGUACCAAACCGAGAUGCAUUUUCAUCGUUUGGUUAAUCUUCUGGACAGAUUACCUUUACAUCUUAGGCAUUCGAUAUUCACAGUGCCGCUGCUCGGGUCCAGAAAUGGUUAUACUCUGUGUACAUGUAAAUCCUUUUCCACGGCGAUCCCAUCCGUGGCUAUCGCGCAGCCUGAUAAAUCGCCAUCCUCUUCUACAGACGACCGACCAGUGCAGUUCUCGACUAGCCGAGCCUUCCUCCACAAAGUCUUUAAAGUGGAUAAGGAUAAUGCAAACACUGUCAACUCUCGGGUCGUGGCUGUGAGCCUACUGGUGUUUAUGGUAUAUUUCUUUUAUCUGCGCGAGGAGAACGAUCUGGACCGCUACAUGGAAACUCCGCUGUGGGAUCGAAUACCCGGGUUGGAAAAACAGACGGUCAUGGUUCUCAUUGAACAGCUCGAAAAGGCUGGCAAAGAUCCCAGUCUGGCAAAAGCCAGGCUGGCUGAAUUGCAGGCCGAAGAAGCUGCCGGGAUGGCACCGCACUUCCGGAAACCUCGAUUGGUUUCCAUUCAUCCACCGGAAUAUACUCCUGCGAAGGAGCUAGAACAUCGCAAAGCUGCACAGAGUGGAACAUCAUAGUUGUGGUUUCUCUUGCUUUACAAUUGAUGUGAUCGUCUCUGCUGUAUUAAGUGGCACUAGCCUAUCCCGCCUAUCAGCCUAUGUAAUGUUGUGAUUUUGAACCGAAUAAUAUUCUGUCGGGUUUUUUUCUCCACCUGAUCAGGCUGAUCAUAAUAUUAGUGAACUGCA